AUGUCGGACGAAGUAUCCCAGUUCCUCGAGCAGGUCGAGCGCCUGCGCGGGCAGCAGAUUGAGGACGAUGAGAUGCGAGCUCGGGAGCGCGAGGAGUUUCUCGCCGCCAAGCGAGAGCGCCAGGCUAGGAGAGAGGAACGCGCCCGAUCCAUCUCACCGCAGAAAUCAUCGCCUGCCAACACGCCGUCCCCGCGUCUGAACCGGCGAACUGUCAACCUCUCCGACGCGCUGAGACUCGACUCAAACGUCGCCGAGUCCUUGGACAAGCUGCGUGACCGACCGACCGACUCAGAGAAGCCCCUGGACACGGAUGCACAAGCCGAUGCCAUGUCAUACUCCACCUCGACGAUGAAGGAAAACGAGGCCCCUGAGGAUCUCGACGCAAAGCGGGGCGACGAUGCCGCAGCUACCUCCAGAGCUUCGCCUCUCGCAUGGCAGCGCCGGACGAACCGGUCAAACAGCCGCCCACUGAGCGUCGUCGCCGCUCAGAACGCAGCUCAGAGCGCUACGCACAGGUCGGGUGUCGAGGGCCAGGAGGAGCCUCCAUCCCCUACACAGCCUCUCUCCAAGGAUCAGAUCGCCAGGAGCCUCGGGUCCAAGGAUGCCUCGUGGUUUCGUCAGACCGCCGACCGAGGCGCAGACUCCUCAGCUUACCGACGGAACCAGGUCGAGGACGACGAUCGGCUCGACAUGUCGUCUCUCAGCGCCCAGCUGCCGGGCAUGGCCGAUAGUAGUUCCGCAGAGCGCCCUACUUCGAGGUCUGGCGAGAGCGCCGUUGGCAAGCUGGCAACCCCAUUUACGCUGAACCCCCCCAGCUUCGACAAUCCCACCUCGGAGAAGCGUGAGGCGGACUCGAUUGCCCCCACGGCGACCGGUCGGACCUCUCCUCUGCGCACAACCUCGCCGACGAAGGGGAUGGGUGGGUUUGUCCAGAGCGCAAUGAUGAAGAGGAGCGACAGCGUGAAGCGUUGGUCCGUUGUCAGCCCGCCCGGACUGACUCGCCCUGAGAACAUGGCGGCGCAUCGUGGCUCGAUUGACAGGGGCGUGCCAUCAAGACCGCAAAGCAUGUUCAUCCGGGACCCGCCAGCAAUGACAACAACGCCGGGGACGAGCAGGCCUGCGUCGCGGCCCUCUUCUCGGCCAACGUCCCGACACGGCGAAAAGGACGGCAAGGCAUCCGAGACGAGUCCUCGAGAAAAACGUCCCAAGACACCCACGUCCACGAGUCCUCCUCAGCUCCAAAGGCAAGAGAGGCAGGAGCUUGAUGAUGCAGCUCUUCCCAUGUCUCCAUCCAAGACAAUGGAACCCCGCCGCUGGAGUCCGACCAAAUCAAGCUGGCUCGAGAGCGCCCUGAACAAACCAGACUCGCCCAAGGUUCCCCCGAAGCCGGCAUCGUCGCAACAGCCUGCCUGGAUGGUCGAGCUCAGCAAGAACAAGGCUGGGCGUCCGGGAAAUCCCACUGCAGAGCCUAGUAAACCCGCGGGCCCCUCUCACAAGCACCAAGUUAGUAUUGAUGGGCUUAUGAGGUCCACGCCCAUGGGCUCGAGACUGAACCUCAACACUACUGGGCUCGGCGGCAUCUACUCACCCCCUGGAAUACAGUCGGUCACUACUCGCUCGUCGGUUCAGAACUUUUCAACAGCGAGCCCCAUGUCUCCUGGACCGGAAAGGCCGAGGUCCAAGUCAAGGGGCGCCCUCGAUCAAGUGAGAGAGAGGCGAGCCGAAUCCCUGAGCUCUACUAUCAACCCGCUGGCCGCCAAGGUCAAGCCCGAUGCUCCGCCAAAGAAGGACCUAGAUUUCCGCGCAAACCUCAAGCCGCGCGCUGCUGAAGCACCCACCCCCAAGACCCAGGAGCCAGAAUUCAAGAGCGUCUUUGGCACUCUUCGCAGGACCAAGACCCAGAACUUCAAAGCUCCGGAUGAGCUAAAGGACAACAUCCUCCGCGGCAAGGCGGCUCUCAACGCGACUGACGGGCCACAGAAGUCGGUGAUUAGGGACGAGUUCAAGGACGCCAUUCAAAAGAAGAGAGACGAUUUCAGGAAGUCGCAAGCCGAGGGAUUAGGAGUCGCCACCUCGACGCGCAUCGACAAGCCCAAGGCUCCCCUCCCCGAAGGACUCGCCAUGAGGGCUGAGCUGGGCAAGUCGGCGGCGGUGCUCCCGCAAGAUGCACCUCCAGAGAGUCGCACUCCAUCCGGUCAGUCGAAGAAGCCCGAGUCGUCAAGACCAGAUCCUCCACAGAGAAAGUCAAGUCAAGUGAACUUGGCCAGACAGUCCAGCCCAUCCUUGACUCCCGCGAACUUGACUGAGAAGACCAGCCUAGAGAAUGCGGAACCCGAUACGCCCUCCCGGACCGAAACAUUACAGAGCUCCUUGCCCAACUUGCUGAAGAAGAAGAGCGCUCCAGGAAAACUCGGCGGUCUGGCCGACCGAUUCAACCCUGCCCUUGCCGGGAUGCUGGCGCGAGGACCACCGCCAGCAUCUUCUGGCAGUGGAAACCGAGCUGAAGAGUCUGGACGAGGCGAUGGAGACGUCCAGCCUACACAGCCAGGCCCUCAGCUAACCCACAUGACUAAGAGUCGAGCGCGUGGCCCGAGGAGAAAGGCCCCGUCCAACGUGGGCAACUCUACCGCCAGUCCCGCAAAUGCGCCGGCAGAGUCGUCUACAGCGAGCCGGCAAGCCGCCCCUUUCAGAAAGCAGAGUUUCUCUGCGCCCAUGGAAGAGAAGAAGUCUGCUUUUCCACCCCUUCAGGGUUCUAAGCCCGACGUGCCUUUUAAGCUAAAGCCUGUCGAGGCGAGGAAGACUGAACUGGAUACUCGACCUGCAGAGCAGCAUGUACCUCCCUUGACUCUUCGCAGACGGCCAACGGCGCCUGAGAUGCCGAUCAACAAGAUAUUCCAAUCACAGUCACCGCAGAAGCCGGAGCCAGAGGCGCCAAAGAAGCUUGAUUUGAAGCGCGUAUCCAAGAUCUUUGAGCAAGGGAGCAACACGACAGCGGCGGCUGAGCCUCCCAAGACGCCGGGCAAGCUCUCACCCCAGAAGACUGGCACAUGGUCGCCGGUCAAGGCUGGUGCUUCCGAGCCUGUCAAGGAGCCAGCAAAGCUGACCCAGCAGAAGACGGGUCCGGCGAAGCUGACGCAGCAAAAGACUGGUCCAUGGUCUCAGCCGAAGAAUGUCGAUGUGCGGUCGUCUGCCGUAGAGACAAAGGCCUCGACAGUGAAUGCUGCUCCUGAGCCUGUAUCGGCUGCCGUGAAAGCCCCAGUGCCUGGACCUAAGCCGUCCGCCUUUAAUGGGCCACCUAAAGAAAUUGAUACACCACCGGCAUCGUUGCCGCCUGUAGCCGCCUUGCCCCCUUCGCUACCCCGGGCACAGGCUGAGCCACCUAUGGCCUCGCCUACGCGCCCUCAGACAGGCCACGGCAGCGAUGUAUCAGCCAUACUCCACGACUUCUUUGGGCCCCCAUACGAGAAGGUGCAGUGUAAUAUCGAUCCCGCGGACAUCUUGACCAACUACCCCAAGUCUGGCGCCAAGGGCAAGACGCUGUCGUUCCACAUGUUCCAGAUCGAUGGAGACGGCAAGCAGAUGAUUGUGCCCGCUUACCGCGAGCGGAUCCUGUUUGAGGAAGAGAUGUACGUUGCCGGGCACAACUUCACCAACGACGCGGGGUGGAAGGUGCGCGAGGUCUACUUUUGGAUCGGCGACGAGGUCCCAGAUGACGAGGAGGACGUCGCCGAGGCUGUGGCCCAGCAAGAGGCAAAGCAGCUGGGCGGCAAGCUGAUUAAGAUCAGGCAGGGCAAGGAAACGCCCGAGUUCCUGCAGGCACUUGGCGGCGUGGUGAUUGUCCGGAGGGGCUCGAGCACCAAAUUCGACUCGCAUGCGCCGUCCAUGCUGUGCGGCCGACGGUAUCAGGGCCAGGUGGCCUUUGACGAGGUGGACUUUACAACGGCCAGCCUCUGCUCCGGCUUUGCCUAUCUGAUUACCCAUUCGGGCAACUGCUAUCUGUGGAAGGGCAAGGGCAGCGACGUGGAUGAGCUCGGCUGCGCACGCCUUAUCGGUAUGGACUUGACGGCGACUGGGCAGCUUAUUGAAUACGACGAGGGCAGCGAGCCUGCGUCCUUCUGGGCGAUGCUGGGCGGCGAGUCGAAGCCUCACUCGGCGGAUCACUGGAGACUGAAGCCUAGCUAUGGCAAGUACAACAGCAGACUCUUUUGCGCCGAUGUAGAGUCUAGGCAACAGAUCUAUGAGAUUAGCCCGUUCAACCAGGCCGACAUGUCAACGUUCAACAUCUACAUCCUCGACGCCUUCUUCGAGAUGUACAUCAUUGUCGGCUCGCAGGCCCAGUCGCAGUACGCCUCCUUCCGCACCGCCCUCGACUUCGCCCAGGAAUACGCUGUCCUGGCGGCCAGCAUGGAGGACCGUCCCUUUAUCCCCAUCUCGACGGUCGUCCUCGAGGGCGUGCCCCGGGAUCUGAAGCGCGUGUUCCGCAAGUGGACGGACGAGCGGUGCCCGACGCUCCUGCAGAAUACCUCGACGGAGCCCGGGCUGCGGAGAGGGCGCAGUCUGAGGGUUGUGCCUCUUACCCAGGCCAUCUUGGCUUUGAAGGAGUAA